GGGAGACCGCGCCGGUUGGGACUCAAUCUCUGCCCGCCGUGCCUGGCCCGCUUCCCUGGUGCUCGCUCCGUGCCCGACACCUGGCUGGGCGCCCCACGACCGUCGCCGGUUCGAUCCCUCCCUUCAGCUUUGCGACACUUGCAAAGAUGUCUUCCAGAAGUCCUAAAGAUUUAAUUAAAAGUAAAUGGGGACCAAAGCCUAGUAACUCCAAAUCAGAAACUGCAUUACAGAAAUUUAGGGGAGAAAUUGCAGCCUUAAAAACAACAGUGGAUGAAAUCGCAAGUGGAAAAGGAAAGCUGACUGAUCAAGAAAGACACAGGCUUUUGGAGAAAAUUCGAGUCCUUGAAGCUGAGAGGGAAAAGAAUGCUUAUUGCCUCACAGAGAAGGACAAAGAAAUACAGCGACUCAGAGACCAGCUGAAAGCUAAAUACAGUACUACUACAUUGCUUGAACAGCUGGAAGAGAAAACAAAGGAAGGGGAAAGGAGGGAACAGCUGUUAAAAUCCCUGUCUGAAGAGACAGAUGUAUUGAAAAAACAGUUGUCUGCUACAACCGCUAGGCUUGCUGAACUUGAAGGCAGAGCCAAUACACUUCAUUUAUCACAGACUGUGGCUGCAAGUUGCUUCAAUGCGUCAGUGAGUAGUAUUCAUGAAAUGGAAACACAGCUGAAAGACGCUCUGGAGAAAAACCAGCAAUGGCUUGUGUAUGAUCAGCAGCGAGAGGUCUACGUUAAAGGACUUUUAGCGAAGAUCUUUGAGUUGGAACAGAAAUCGGAAACAGCUGCUCAUGCAGUCUCACAGCAGACAAAACAGACUGCAUCAGAAGGUUGUCUUCAAGAAGAAAAGCAGAAAUUUUACAACCAUCUCUUGGCAAAUGCAAAAAAUGAUCUUGAGGUGCAGCGACAAACCAUCACUCAGUUGAAUUUUGAACUUAGUGAAUUUCGAAGAAAGUAUGAAGAAACCCAGAAAGAAGUUCAAGAUUUAAAUCAACUGCUGUGUUCACAAAGAAAGGCAGAUGUACAGUAUCUGGAAGAUGACAGACAUAAAACAGAGAAAAUACAAAGGCUCAAGGAAGAGAAUGACCUUGCCAGGGAAAAACUUGAGGAAGAGAAGAAGAGAUCUGAAGAGCUCUUAUCUCAGGUCCAGCUUCUUUACACGUCUCUGUUAAAGCAGCAAGAGGAACACACAAGGAUGGCUCUGUUGGAACAACAGAUGCAGGCAUGUAGUUUAGACUUCGAAAAUGAAAAACUUGACCGUCAAAAUAUGCAGCAUCAAUUGCAUGUAAUUAUUAAGGAGCUCCAAAAAGCAAGAAAUCAGAUAACACAGUUGGAAUCCUUGAAGCAGCUUCGUGAGUUUGGUUUCACAGAGCCAUUAGUCACCUUCCAGAGAGAGACUGAAAAAAAAGUAAAAGUCGCGUCACCAAAAAGUCCCACUGCCGCACUCAAUGAAAGCCAGGUGGGGUGUCCCAAGUGCAACAUCCAGUAUCCAGUCACCGAGCAUCGAGAUCUGCUUGUCCACGUUGAAUACUGUUCCAAGUAGCAAUAUCAUUAUUCUUUUGUUUCUGUGUCAAAAGAUUCAAUACUGUAUCUUUCAUUAGCGUAUGGACAUUUUGAAUUACUUAUUUCACCUCAGAUCAGAAACAGCCAACCUACCUUUGAGACUCUGGCAUAGGAGUGAAUUAUUGGUUUUUGUUUUUUUGGGUUUCUUUGCCUGCUUUGCAUCUUCCUUGGCAAUGAUACCUCCCUGAGAUGGUUCAUCUCCAGGCUUCGGUGACAGAAUGUGAAGAGCAUUGAAUGCUGAGACGACUAACAUUUUGCACGUUUAAAGUACUUGAUGGAGGCAAGAUAGUUCAAGUUAUACCAAUGAGCAAAUAUUUUAUGUAUUCAAAUUUUUAAAAAUCAAAGGUAAUUAACCAAGGAUCUUAUUGUGUUAGUAUUUUUUUAAUCCAAGCACUUAGUAAAUCUACAAUUCUGACUUUGAUGUCCAUUGUGAAAAGAUGGCGAUACCUUUUUUCAUUUUUUUUCCUUUCUACGAUAGAGUGGUUCUUAGAAAAGUGGAGGAUUUUCUUGAUCUUCAUUGCUGCUUACUGUUGAAACGAUGAACCUAGCUGUGUUUUAAGCACAAAGCAGAUUCUGUUUAAGGACUACUCCCAAGUAGCACACAAUGUUUUUUUCAAAUGUUAACUGGCCGUAACUUUGACUUGAAUUUCAUUACCACGUGUUGGUCAUCUAAAAUUGUUAAAAUGAAUUUUAACAAAACCGCCUAGCCCUAUCUUUUGAUUUGCAGAUGUUUUAUUUAUUUAUUUUUGGCACACUUGAAAGCUAGGCAAUGCAAUGAGCAGAUUUUUGCUUAUCUGAAUAUAUAUUUUUAUACAUGUGUGUGUAAACUCAAAAUCUUUUUAUUUCUUCAGGUUUUCUAAAAUGCUUAACACUGGGCUACUGUUAGUAAUAUAAAGGAGAAAAGAAUAAAAUUAUUUAAUACGUUU